AUGCAAUCAAAUUUAUCACCACUGAAUAAUAUCAACUUAACAACAUUGUAUAGCAAUAUGGGUUUUGCAAAUUCAGCUAAUAAAAAUUGUCAAGAAGCAAUCUCAUGUUUCAAAAUUGUACUUGACUUACAAUCAACAUACUUACUACCUAAUGAUCCAAAUAUUAUCCGUACAUGUAACAACAUUGGUACUAUUUAUCGUCAACUUGAUGAUUAUGAUGCUGCAUUAGAGACUUUUACACAAGUAACUGAAAUAGAAAGAAAAUCUUUACCGAUGAAUUCUUUUGAAUAUACAAAAACAUUAAAUAAUAUUGAAUUUAUAUACUGUCACAAAGAAAAAUUAACAAAUGCAUUACAUAAUUUUGAAAAAGCAUUAGAGAUUCAAUUGACAUUCACUAACAUACAACCGGAAGAAAUAGCUGUUACAUACAAUAAUAUUGCAAGUAUUUAUCUAAGACAAAAUAAAUAUGAUUUGAUAUUUGUCAAUGCUAAAAAAAUUCUUGAACAUUGUCCGAGAGUUCAUAAAUUACUUGAGGGUAAUACAAUUUUUGGUUUUAAACGACUUAUUGGUCGUAAAUUUGACGAUGCAACUGUACAAGCUGAUAUGAAACAUUGGCCGUUUAAAGUAAUUAAUGAUAUUGGUAAACCAAAGAUUCAAGUUGAAUAUAAAAAUCAAAUAAAAUUAUUCACACCCGAAGAACUAUCUUCAAUGAUAUUAGCAAACAUGAAGGACAUAGCGGAAAUUUAUCUUGAUGCUGGUGCUAUUGCUGGUCUUACUGUAUUAUGCAUUAUGAAUGAAUCGACAACGACUGCUAUCGCUUAUGGUUUAGUUAACAAAAUUUCAGCUGAAAGAAAUGUAUUGGUUUUUGAUUUGGGCAGUAGCAAUGUUAAUAUAACAGUUUUGAAAAUUGAAGAAGGUGAUUUUAAAGCUACUACACAUUUAGGUGGGGACGAUUUUGUUAAUCGAAUGGCUGAAUACUUUGUUCGAGAUUUUAAACGUAAAUAUAAUAAAGAUUUACAAGAUAGCAAACGUGGUCUUCGACAACUACGUAAUGCUUGUGAAUUUGCUAAACUUACUUUAUCAUCAUCAUGUCAAGCAUCAAUUGAAAUCGAUUCAUUACAUGAAGAUAUUGAUUUUUAUUGGACAAUAACUCGUGAAUGUUGUGAAGAACUUAAUGCUGAUUUAUUUCGUUCAACAAUCGAACCUAUUGAAAAAGCUUUACGUGAUGCUAAAAUUGAUAAAGCAAGUGUUCAUGAAAUUGUUCUUGUUGGCGGUUCAACACGUAUACCAAAAGUACAACAAAUUUUACAAGAUUUCUUUAAUGGUAAACAAUUAAAUAGAUCAAUGGAACUAGAUGAAGCUGUUGCUUAUGGUGCUGCUGUUUUAUCCGGUGAUAAAUCAGAAGAAGUUAAAGAUUUAUUACUAAUGGACGUUGUACCACAUUCAUUGGCAAGCAAAAUUUAA